AAACGCCCCUGUUUUCUCUGCUCUGCAUUGCUGUUUGAAGGAAUAAAUAAAACAAGGGGAAAAAAAAGUGCAAAGCCUCAAAGCAAAAAGAGGAAAAGGAAGAAUCAACAGCAAAACAGAGGGUGGAUAAAUAGAGACAAUCUCUCUUCUGCUUCAUCCACGCGUUUGGAGGCUUGUGUAGAGUGAAAAUGGCAGCUUGUAGAGGCCCUUGUGCAGUGGCGUCAAUGGCGUUUCUGGUGCUGUCCCUAGCGAGCUGCAUUAACGGGGAAGACCCAUAUAGGUUCUACAACUGGAACGUCACUUAUGGCUAUAUAUACCCUCUCGGAGUAAAACAGCAGGGGAUCUUGAUAAACGGGCAAUUUCCAGGGCCUCAGAUUGUGUCCGUGACCAAUGAUAACUUGAUCAUCAAUGUCUUCAACGCCUUGGAUGAGCCUUUCCUCAUCUCCUGGAACGGCGUGCAGCAGAAAAGAAACUCGUGGCAGGACGGAGUUUAUGGCACAAACUGCCCGAUCCCACCGGGCCAGAACUUCACUUAUAUCCUUCAAGUGAAGGAUCAGAUUGGUAGUUAUUUCUACUUCCCUUCCCUCGCUUUCCACAAGGCCGCAGGAGGCUUUGGCGGCUUCAAGAUUUUUAGCCGAUCAGUGAUUCCUGUGCCUUUUCCACCUCCUGCCGACGACUUCACUAUCCUUGCUGGUGAUUGGUUCACGAGAAACCACUCUGACUUGAGAGCCAUAUUGGACGGUGGCAGUGAUCUUCCGUUCCCGGAUGGGCUACUCAUUAAUGGCCGUGGAUCAAACAGUUACACCUUUACAGUGGAUCAAGGGAAGGCGUACAGAUUUCGAAUAUCGAACGUAGGGAUCGCGACUGCCAUCAACUUCAGGAUCCAGGGGCACAAGAUGGUUCUAGUGGAAGUCGAGGGGACCCACACAUUGCAGAACACUUACAAUUCCCUGGACAUACACUUGGGUCAGUCUUACUCUGUCCUCGUCACCUGCGAUCAACCCGCACAAGAUUACUAUAUUGUCGUCUCCUCACGCUUCACCUCCAAAGUGCUGACCGCUACCUCGGUCCUCCGUUAUAGUAACUCAGCUGGAAGUGUCUCUGGCCCACCUCCUGGAGGGCCGACCGUGCAGAUUGACUGGUCGCUUGAACAAGCAAGGUCUAUCAGGCGGAACCUAACUGCAAGUGGACCGAGGCCUAAUCCCCAAGGCUCCUACCAUUAUGGAAUGAUCAACACUACGCAAACGAUCAGACUCGCAAACUCUGCUCCGGUUAUUAAUGGGAAGCAGAGAUACGCCGUCAAUAGCGUUUCUUUUGUUCCAGCCGAUACUCCUCUCAAGCUUGCUGACUACUUCAACAUUCCUGGAGUCUUCGCACUAGGGAGCAUCCCGGAUAGCCCCACCGGCGGUGCCGCUUACCUCCAGACAUCAGUCAUGGCAGCUGAUUUCCGAGGUUAUGUGGAGAUUGUGUUUGAGAAUGUUGAAGACACCGUGCAGUCCUGGCACAUCGAUGGCCAUAACUUCUUUGUCGUGGGGAUGGACGGAGGGCAGUGGACACCCGCGAGUAGAUUAAGUUACAAUCUGAGAGACACGAUUUCUCGCUGUACCGUUCAGGUCUAUCCUACUUCAUGGACUGCUGUUUACAUUCCUUUGGACAACGUGGGGAUGUGGAACGUGCGGUCCGAGAACUGGGCUCGCCGAUAUCUGGGACAACAAUUCUACCUCCGAGUUCAUUCUCCGGCCAACUCUUGGAGGGACGAGUACCCAAUUCCUAGCAAUGCUCUCCUCUGUGGUAGGGCUGCCCGGUCGACCCGCUUGGUCCCAAUAAAAGAGUGAAUCGAAUCGAAUCCCAUCAUUGAUCAUAAAGGUGUCGAUCCACUAGGAACGAACCAGAAGGAGUUGACAGGAUUCUCGGUAACUGCUAAAGAUGUUACACAGGCUUUACUCGAGCCAUAUAGAUUUGUCUAGUAUGCUUUAAAUUGACUGAGUCAAAUGCUCUUUCAUCAGAACGAUCUCCUCAUGCAUGCUUUUUUUCUAUUCGUUUUUGCGUUGUUCGCAUCGUUUGGUCCGUUUUCUUAA